ACGUUAUUAGCCAUCUUGUUAUUCUUGUUGAAUCGCGAUGUUGUUUUUGCCUCGGGGAAAGGAAACUCUGAGUAUCAUUUUCUUGGUGUCAUUUUUCUACAGAGGAUGCGCUGCCAGUCUGACGGGUCCCAACGUAUGCACAAGCCGUGAUAGCUUGUCUGUGCCUCAAAAAAGUGCUGUGAGGCAGCGCUACACGGAGAGAUCCAGUACGUCAUGUUCCUUCUGGGGCUGGUCUUCCUGCACCGUGACACGUGUUCGAUAUAGAACUGUCUACAUAACGACGUACUUCACUACCUACCAAACCAGAUACUUCUGUUGUUCUGGUUACUCGGCCGUAAGCAGCGAAUGCAAACCUGUGUGCUCGCCUACUUGCAAGAACUCGGGAACGUGCACGAGUCCAGGACGAUGCCAUUGCUCUUCCGGAUGGACGGGAUCUAGAUGUACAACACGUAAGUCUGAAUGUCAUCUUGGCUGUGCUACAAACGGUGGAACCUGUACGGCUCCAUUUAAGUGCCUUUGCCCUGCAGGGCUGUCUGGGCCGUCAUGCCAAACAGCAUGCAGUGGUGACCGAUUUGGGCGGAAUUGCGCUCAGAUGUGCACGUGCCAGAACGGAGCUUCAUGCGAUCUGGUUACAGGAGCUUGUAACUGCACAGCUGGAUGGCAGGGAAUAAGUUGUGAUCAGGCGUGUCCCACAGGAACAUAUGGCCUAGGGUGUGUUCCAUGCACUUGCCAAAAUGGAGCAUCAUGUAACCGCAUCACUGGAAUUUGUACUUGCACUCCCGGAUAUUACGGAGAAUCAUGCGAGCAUCGCUGCCCUGCUUGGACAUUUGGUCAUGCUUGCAGCUACACUUGCCAGUGCGACAAAUCGAACACCUUCAACUGCAGUCACGUGAACGGUUGGUGUGAUUGUCAACAUGGUUGGAAGGGCGCAGUUUGUACGGACGCAUGUCCCCAUGGGUUGCACGGACCAAACUGUAAGUUCAACUGUACAUGCCAGAACGGUGGAACAUGUGAUCGAUAUACGGGAAAUUGCAGCUGUCCUCCUGGAUUUAUCGGUGAAAAUUGCGAGAAAACUUGUCUAGCAAAUAGAUACGGUUGGGGAUGCGGGCAAGAGUGCACGUGUGUUAACGGUGGACUGUGCAAUCCUGUCGACGGGAUGUGUACUUGUGUUGCAAAUUGGGUCGGUCAACAUUGCGAGAAACCAUGCCUAGACGACUGGGAGUAUUGGAACGGGACUGCUUGUAUCGCGUGUCCUUGCAACAGAACAAACAGUCAAUGGUGUAAUCAGUCCAGUGGUGAAUGUGAGUGCUCGGACAGUUGGGCGCUGCCGUCAUGUAAUACUUGCCAGAGUGGAACGUUGUGCAACAAACGUCUCGAAUUAACUGGAAAGAGCUCAUCUGUUUUUCCAUCGUCAAUUGUUGCAAUUGUAUGUUGCGCAGUCUUCGUCAUCCUGAUCAUUAUACUAGUAAUAGUAUUACGAUAUCGACAGGAAAGGAUUUCGAACACCACUAGUGUAAUGUUUAUAAAUGUGAGAGACGGAAAAGUAUCGAUGCAAUCUUGUUCCACUUUGGCUACUAGUGGGCAAAGGCACCUUCCAGACCUCGAUGAUGAUGAGUCUAAGCAAGCAAACGGUAAUGCGGGCUCCUCUAUUUCUACAACAAGAAAUAACAAGGCAAAUCGAGGAUUCGGUGAACACGAAAUGAAACUGACAGCCGGUCGGUUUACCGGGAUUGGAGAUGAUAGAAUGAAAGCAAAGCUUUCUAAACAUAUGAACACAGACUUUGGACGUCCGAAGGCAACGUCUAACUUUAAUCUUCCGGGACAAAUUUGACCAGGAUUUGCUAUAUGUAAUUAAUGUUCAUCAAACGUAGGUUAGUCAUUAUCUAUUCAUGGCAUUUCAAUUGUAAAAAACGUUAAACAUUUCAAACUAUUAAAAUGGU